GUUGUCAACAUUUUAAAAUGCCAAUAUGUUAUCGGUGUGGUGAAAUAUGAGUCUCGAACAAAUUUUAACACGGGUUAAAUCUAAGGAGAAACUUAUCCUGUCGGUUGAGGGUUUCGGCGCAUGUGCGCGCCGCUCUCGGCUGAUUGCGGCCGUGAGGCGGAGAAAGUCCUUCCGAAGCUCCUCGGCGGCUCAGUGAGGGUUUUACAUACUUCACGGCGGGUAAACGCAUAAAGUCCAACCGGGGGGGGGGUUUCAGUCUUUAGCCAUGACGCCAGAAGGAUGGAAAUUAACGAAUGUUAUAAUUUUGGGAAUCGCUUUUAUGUUCGUUUUCACCGCAUUUCAAACUUGCGGCAAUAUUGAGCAAACCGUCAUCAAGAGCAUCAACAGCACACAGUUUCAUGGAAGUGGCUAUACCAGUUUGGCCAUAAUUUACACUGUGUUUUCUGCCUCCAAUCUCUUGACUCCAUCAAUUGUUGCUCUUUUGGGAUGUCAACUUUCCAUGUUCAUUUCUGGAUUAGUGUAUAGUGCUUAUGUUGCAGUUUUCAUUGAGCCAUUCACUUGGUCCUUUUACUUGGCUUCAGUCAUCAUUGGAUUAGCAGCUGCAGUGAUAUGGACAGCACAAGGCAAUUGUUUGACAAUAAAUUCAGAUGAAAAUACAAUUGGAAGAAACAGUGGAAUAUUUUGGGCUUUGUUACAAUUUAGUCUUUUAUUUGGAAAUCUAUACAUAUAUUUAGCCUGGAAAGGAGAAAAGCAUAUUUCAGAUCAUGACCGUAGGACUGUUUAUAUUGCACUCACUGUAAUUAGUUUGGUGGGAAGUGUCCUUUUCAUUCUUAUAAGGAAACCUGCAUCAGAGGUUCAGUCAACAGAAAACGAAGUAUCUGAUGAUGAGCCUGAAGCUACUAUAGAGAGUGCAAUCAAUAUAUUUUUUACCAAGGAAAUGCUGCUUCUAAGUGUUUGCAUUGCCUACACAGGUUUUGAGCUAACAUUUUUUAGUGGGGUCUAUGGCACGUGCUUGGGGGCAACAAAUCGCUUUGGAGAUGAAGCCAAAAGCUUGAUUGGUUUAAAUGGCAUCUUCAUUGGCGUUGGAGAGAUUAUAGGUGGUGCAACUUUUGGUUUAUUGAACAAAUUCCUCAGCAAGUAUCUUGGCAUUGGCAGGAAUCCUGUAGUUCUUCUGGGUUUAUUAUCUCAUAUUCUAGCCUUCUUUCUUAUUUUCCUAAAUGUGCCAAACGAUGCACCAGUUGUUCCUGACGCAGGGACAAAUGAAGCUGCUUAUCUAAUUCCAAGCAAAUUUAUCGCAAUAGUAUGCAGUUUUCUUCUGGGACUAGGAGACAGCUGUUUCAACACACAACUCCUAAGUAUUGUGGGAUUUAUGUAUGCCCAGGAAAGUGCUCCUGCAUUUGCUGUCUUCAAGUUUGUGCAAUCUAUCAGUGCAGCAGUUGCAUUUGGCUACAGCAAUUAUCUUAUGCUCCAAUGGCAGCUGCUUAUCCUUUGCCUGGCUGCAUUCUUCGGUACUAUCUCCUUCAUCCUUGUGGAGUGGAAGGCAAAAUCGAAUUUCCAAGGUCUCAGUUAUGAUCGUAUUUAAUGAAGAAAUAAACUUUUUUAAAAAAAGUAGUACCUAAAUUUUUAAGUCCUAUUAUAAUUCUUAAAUUCCUCCUUUAUUGUAACUUGAGCAUUUAUUUUACUGUGCAAAAGUUUUCAAAGCAUUUUCAAAACACAAGUGUGAUUUAAGGAUAUAACUGGAGAAACUGUAAUAAAGUCAAUACAAGAAGCAAGCUUAAAGCUGGGCAGUGAGGGGCUUGUAUAAUGUAUCAGACAAACAAUUCUGCUCAAAGUUAAAACCAUGCAACUCUAGAAAUAUUCUGAUUGAACUAAAUCUGAAUAUUCCAACAAUAUUGAGCUACUCUGCAAGGAAAUGCUGUUUAAACAUUUCCUUAGUAGUAUCUGUGAACAUUAUUCAGAACCAAGAUUUAAUUACUUGCCAAAUUGACUUGCUACUUGAUAUGUAACAAUCAGAUUUCAUUAAAGUAGAACCUACUUUUAUUUGUGACUUAGUAAUUUGAAGCAUUUCCUGCGUUUUGGAUAAGAUUUAAAUGACUUGUUUAUAAACUAAAGGUGAAUCACUGUUAGAAAGUUCCCAUUUCACCAAAUGGUACUUUCAUUAAUCAGUCUUGUUGAUUCUAUUAAAUUACAUUUACACUUACAAAUAAUUUCAAUCUUGUUAAUUACUAUAAAAUUGUCAUAAUAGUCCUAUUCAUUGGAAGUAUUGGUGAUCUUUAUACUGAAAACAAAGUAUUUAAUGUCAAUUCUUUUCAACUUUGCAUAUGUACUUCUGGUAAUCACCCUUUAAUUAAUAAUGGAACCUUUUCAUGGUCAUAUUGUGAUGAGAACUGAAAUAUUUAGCCAUAGAAUUGAUCAGUUUUGCAGUAUGUUUGUAUUACCUCUUCAAAAAUUUAGGCAUUUGAAAUGGCUACAGAUUUCAGUAACAACUAUUAUGUAAUGAUCAAAAAGGAAACAUUACAAAUGAGAUGGAAUUUAAAUGCUAAGUACUGUAUUAAUGAUAUCAGUCACACUCUUUUAGAGUUGUUGGG